CCCUCUUUUUUAUAUAUUUUUUUUUCUGUUUUUGGCUACUAGUCUUAUAGCGAUCAUCACUCUUUAGUACAGUUGUCCCUGUAAUUGUGAAAAUCUUUUGAUGAAUAAUUUUAUUUCUUGGCUACAGAUAUUUAAUUGGGUGCAGAGGAGGUUUCAUCAAGGCGCCCUUAAAGAUGGGUUAGCUCGAAAUGUGAAAAAAGCUGAAUCAAUUACAAAUGAAGCAGACAAGCAAGCAUUACUGAAACAAGUAGCUCUGGUGGACGUGCUUGAUGGCUGGAAGGGUGGCAUUUUAACAAUUGGCACUUUAGGCCUCGACCCUUUAAAACCCUUUAAUUAUCAACAAAAUGAAUAUUUUGUUCUAGAAAGUGAAGGAGAGGACGACGAUGAUGAUACUGACGUUGAAGACGAACAGGAAGAACAAUAUUCAGUUGUUGAUAGUGAAGACGAAGACAAAGAUGACAAUGUUAGCGAAAACGAAGUAGAAGAAGAUGAGGAGGAGAACCCUUUAAUAUUUACAAGAUUUGGACAUAAUUUUGAGAACAUUAGAUCACCUUUUGAUGAAAAUACUGCGGAGAAGAAUUCAAGGAGCAAUGAAAAUGAUGAAAGAAAAAGGAAGGGAGAAAGAAUAACACUUGCAGAACUCUUCUUGGCGGAUUCUGAUAUGAAAAAGAAACCUGAUUGUUGUAACCAGGUUGACGACACAGAUUCUUCAGGAAAUAAAAAAACAGCUGUUCGUGCAAAGAAUGGCCUUUCCUUUGCUAAGAAACUCAUUCCUCACGUCGGAGACGAUUCACGUCCGAUCAAGAAAUUUCACCAAUUGAUGAGGAGGAUGUUAAAGAGAAAAAUCCAUCCAGAACUUGAAGGGAAAGGCAAUAAAACAGACAGUCAAAACAAGCAACUCGGAAUUAGCAAUGCAAACGAAACAACUGAAUCAGUCUGCUUCAAACAUUCCAAGGUCCUACCAUAUGAAAUUUGAGUGAUGAACUAAUUAAUUAAUUUGCUAGAAAAUGUAUGUAUUUUAUUUCUUUUAUUUUAUUUUUUUUAAUUAUGUGGACAAUUUUAAGGGCGUUGCGUGUGAGUUUGUGACAUUGAACCAUGUGAUUCCGUGUUCUGUAAGGUUUUCAUAGUGGCUUGUUUGGAUAUCGUAAAUUGUUGGAUGUUUGGUUGUCACAAAUGUUAAUUAUCUGCAGCUUCUUAUUGUUUAA